AUGGGCAACAGUAACCCACCUUCAUUCUGUAUCGUAUGUCCCGACCGGGUUAUCGAGCUGGUGGCUUCCUCAAGAGUACAGAUGGUGGAAUGGGUGAAUGAGGUUGAGGCAAGUCUUGUACGCCUGGGAAUCUUAAAGGUAAGUUUGAUUCUGCUAGGUUUAACUGAUGGGAGUAAUGACAGUGACUUUGUCUCACCUCAAGUCAUUGCAGAGUUGCUUCUGCAGCGGGGCAUCUCCAAAAAUAGGCAGAAUUCUCUCAUUUUAGACUCAGAAAAAUGUCAAUCAACAGGUGACACAUGGCCAGAACCUUGUACUGAGAUUUACAUUGAUAUGAGCAGGUCUCAUAUGGACCACAACAUGGAAGUCUGUGACAGUCUUUCUCCCAGCAUUCCACCUCAUUUGAUAGCAUCAUCAACCUUUGAACUUUCACAGAUCUCAGCAUCCAGUGACACAUCAGCAAGUGUGGACAAUGUCUGUGCAGUAUACACAUCACCUCAGUCUCCUGAGUCCCUUGAUAUCACCAUCAGAUCUGAGGAGGCUGUGGAAAACACCUACUCCCUUUUUCCUUGUCAACAAGAAACACCUUGGGAAAUUAUUGACAGCAAUGAUCUCGCUGUGGCAGUUGUACAGCAAACGCAAAAGCCAGUCGCACUACCACGAAAGACGAAGCCUAAAACAUCUUCUCACGUGUCUUCCAAAACUGCUUCUGCUGCAGAUGAAAACACAAAUGUCACAGUCUCUGACAGCUCUUGUGCAUGGCCUACGGUGGAGGUCUACAACAAUAGACAAAACUUUCCUCCAGGAGAGGAAAUGUACAACAAUGUACACAACAUGCCGCCUCCAGAGGAGGAAAUGUACAACAAUGUACAUGAGUUGCCUCCUGCAGGGGAGGAAAUGUACAACAAUUUACACACCUUGCCUCCUCCAGGGGAGGAAAUGUACAACAAUUUACACACCUUGCCUCCUGCAGGGGAGGAAAUGUACAACAAUUUACACACCUUGCCUCCUCCAGGGGAGGAAAUAUACAACAAUGUACACAACUUGCCUCCUGCAGGAGAAGAAAUGUACAACAACCUGCCUCAUACAACUGAUACUUACAGAAACUUGCAUGCUGAUGACAACUGCAAGAACUCAGUUUCUCUUAGUGCUGGCACUAGUAUCCUGGCUGAUAUUGGUAUGGGGGGCCAUGAAGGUGGCGGUUGUGGAGAUGUGUACACAAACCACAAACAUUCGAUUGAGUACUGCAAUAUGCUAAAUGCUGAAGGGGAUGACAGCAGAGGAGCAUCCCCUUCCCAGCUGCCAUCAGCCAAAGAUAAUCAUUCAGAGACAUCCAAGGACGAAAAUGAAAAUUUUUAUGGUUUAGUGUUUGACACUGGGCCUCCAUUAACCAGAGCUCCGCCCAUACCUCCUCUACCAUCUGGUCACUAUUCACACUCAUCCAGCCCACCGAAGGAUCACAGGGCAGCAUCAUCAAGUGCCAAAAAUCCAGCAGCUUCCUCUCUAGUCCAGUCAGCCUUCCACGCAGCAUCUUCUAACAAAUGCGCUAGUCUUCCCUCUGAAACCACACCUCCACUUCUGCUUCCACGCAAGACAAACUCCUUCCAUGCAUCUUUGCCAAGCAGCUGCACCACAAACACUGAGUCAAGAGAUGUCCUGCACAAAGGUUCAAAUCUCUACAACACUUUAAGCGUAGAUGACCAACCACCAGCUCUGCCAUCACGGAGUUCUCAGAGCUUCUUCAUCAAGAGACCACAGAUUACAGGGAUGUCUAGUAGUAAGAUCACCUCUAGUGAAAGCAGCAACAAACAAGCCGGCAAUGUCUCCAGAUUGUCCAGGACGAUGUUGCUGGACCGGGCUCACAGUCUGCACACCGUGGUCUCUCUCAAGCAGACACAGGCGGACAUCUUGCAGACGGAAAUCUCCUUGCCAAAUGUGACCUUGACAAUCACACAGAAAGCUGGACAUGGCAUCGCGCUGGUGGACUGGAACAGCUUCUCUUGUGUGGUGGGAUGGAAUCAGAAGGAUUUCCCCAGUCUCCAUGGCAAGCUACAUUUGGGCGACCUAGUCUUCAGUGUAAACGGGUCCCGGGUCACAAGUGCUGACACUGCCCAGAAGCUGCUCAAACAGGCGCCUUCCUCCAACAUUGAGCUCAUGCUCCACAGGAUGCCUUAUGCUCAAGUGUUUGCCAUCCACAGAAGUGCAGAGGGCCAGAGUCUUGGAAUCAAACGCAAUGGAGGCACAGGGGAGAUUAUCUAUGUGGAUCCCAAUGGUCUGGCUGCCCAGCACGGUCUGACACCGUACGCACAAAGUGUUUGUGGAACCGGCCGAUGCAACUGGUUUCUGGUGGAGAUCAAUAACCGACCUCUCAGUUUGUUCUUCAAGGAUGAUGAGAUUGACCAUCGACUGUCAGCUGUUGGUCGGGAAAUAUCCCUCGUUGUGCAACCAUCUGACUUCAUUUAUGAGAUCCGACGACGCUUCAAGAAGCUGAGGAAUUACAAACAGUUUAUCACCCAAUAG